AUGGCUCGCCGAGCACUCCUUCCUCUCCACCUCUGCAGUCUCACAGUCUCACUGACCGAGGAGGUAGCCCGAACCUUCAGUGUUGCUUCACCCAUCACGGCCCCCAACCUGAACUGCAUCUCCACCCGGAGACCGAACGCUAGCGUUCGACCCACCAGCUGCCCCAGGACCCUUGCGUGGAAACCCGCCGACGGCUUCGAGAAGCUCUUGAGCCUGCCCGCUGCGCACAUAGCGCAGUUUGUUUCCUCAGCCAAGCGACAGCACAUGCACGAGUGUGACGCCUCUCUGCCUGUCAUCCGCCGCUGGUCGUGA